AUGGGACAGGCUGUCGCCACCCCACUGAGCCUAACCACGGACCACUGGUCCGAUGUUAAGGCCCGAGGAAACAAUGAAGGUGUCAUUAUCAGGGAGAACAAAUGGAUCACCCUCUGCGAGGCCGAAUGGGUCAUGAUGAAUGUCGGCUGGCCGCGAGAGGGAUCUUUUAACCUCUCUCUUAUUUCACAGGUGGAGGGCAAGGUUUUUGCCCCUAGCCCUUAUGGGCAUCCCGACCAGGUCCCGUAUAUCGCCAUCUGGAGAUCACUGGUUGAGAACCCAUUUCCAUGGGUUAAGCCUUUCCUUCCACAGCCCCCUCCAGUCUCUGGGCCUUCUGCGCCCCCCAACCCGGACUCCUCCCUUUACCCCGUGCUCCCUCACAAGGAGACUCCUAAGCCUCCAGUCCUUCCCCCAGACCCCCAUACCCCCCUUAUAGAUCUCCUGACGGAGGACCCACCACCAUAUCAAGCCGGACCACCUGGAGAGCCGGCCGAAGCGGCCCCAGCCGCCGCCCCGGUGGCGGACGCAGCCCCGUCCCCCAUUGCCGGCCGCCUCCGCGGCCGCCGGGAUGACCCCCCUGAUGAGUCCAGGGCCUUCCCGCUCAGAGAGGGGCCGAAUCGUCAGUUGCAGUACUGGCCCUUUUCAGCCUCAGACCUCUAUAAUUGGAAACAACAUAAUCCCCCUUUCUCCAGGGAUCCUAUUGCCUUGACCGGCCUAAUUGAGUCCAUCCUAGUGACUCACAGGCCGACUUGGGACGACUGUCAGCAGCUCCUGCAGACCCUCUUAACAGUAGAGGAAAAGCAGAGAGUUUUCCUGGAGGCCCGGAAGCAGGUUCCGGGCGAUGACGGGAGGCCAACCCAACUCCCAAAUAUCAUCGAUGCAGCUUUUCCCUUGUCCCGCCCAGACUGGGACUUCAAUACACCUGAAGGUAGGGAGCAUCUAUGUCUCUAUCGCCAGUUGCUCUUAGCGGGUCUCCGAGCGGCCGCCAGAAGGCCUACCAAUUUGGCUCAGGUAAGGAAUGUGAUACAGGGAAAGGAAGAAAUACCCGGUGCAUUUUUAGAGAGGCUGAAGGAGGCUUAUAGGAUGUACACUCCGUAUGAUCCAGAAGACCUAGGGCAAGCACCAGGUGUCAUCCUAUCAUUUAUCUACCAGUCUAGCUCAGAUAUCCGAACCAAGUUGCAGCGGUUGGAAGGUUUACAGGCGCUAGGUUUGCCAGACUUAUUGAAGGAAGCAGAGAAAGUGUUCAAUAAGAGAGAAACUCCUGAGGAGCGUGAGGAAAGGAGAUGGCAGAAACAAGAGGAAAGGGACAAGAAACAGCAUAGGGAGAUGAAAAAGGUUUUGGCCGCCGUUGUGUCUCAGGGACAGUGGAGAGAGGGAGAUAGGUCGGGAGAGCGAAGGAGGCCACCCCUUGAUAAAGAUCAAUGUGCU